AUGUCUGCUGGGUUACAGCUGCUUGGGACCACACUUGGUGUACUUGGCUGGCUGGGCAUCAUCAUAUCCUGUGUGAUUCCUCUAUGGCGUGUGACUGCCUUCAUUGGAAACAACAUUGUGACUGCACAGAUUGUGUGGGAGGGACUGUGGAUGAGCUGUGUGGUGCAGAGCACUGGUCAAAUGCAGUGUAAAGUGUAUGACUCCAUGCUGGCUCUUCCCCGAGACCUACAGGCCUCUCGAGCUAUCAUUGUCAUUGCUUCCCUUGUUGGUGUUGUAGCCAUAUUUGCCAGUUUUGCAGGUGGGAAAUGUACCAACUCUUUGGCAGACAGUUUCAUGAAAGCACGGGUUGCUGCAGCAGGAGGGGCCUUCUUCAUCGCUGCCGGGGUUUUGGGUUUGGUGCCGCCUAGCUGGACUGCCCAUAAGGUCAUUGCAGACUUCUACAAUCCUCUAGUAGCACAUGCUCAGAAGAUGGAGUUGGGAGCUGCCCUCUUUAUCUGCUGGGGGGCAGCAGUUCUCAUGUUAAUUGGAGGAGGCCUCCUCUGUGGCUCUUGCCCUAGCAGAAGAGCGCAGAAUAGGGGUCGAUAUAAACCAGCAUCUCAAAAUGGGAGAGAACGUUUGGAAUACGUGCAGAGUGUUUCUCACUUAUGA